AUGCAAAUACAAAAAUAUUUCAUUUUACUCAACAUAUUUGCAACGCUGUCACAACACUGGCCGCGACAUCAGGACCAACAAAUUGCGACAAUUAUUGUGUCAGCAACAUCAACAGCACGCACUGAUGUAUCUGUAGCCGUAGCUUCAGCUGGGGCUGAGGCCGAGACUGAGGCAAGGACAACAUCCGCAUCCGCUUUUGUUGAUGAAGUGUUGCCGCAUAAUGACAGUGUUGCCACUACAGCAGCAAUAACAAAAACAACAAAUGCAACAAUCUUGCAUGUGAAAGACAUUGACAGUAGCAAAAACAACAACAACAGCUCUAGCAACAACAGCAAUGACCUGGCACGCAACAAUAAAUACUACAGCAAUAAAAGCGGCAGCGAAAAUGAGAGCGAAGAAGAGCUAACGCAGCUGAUAGAGCGUAAAUUACAGGAAGAACAGAAAACGGCAUUGGCAUCCGCAUCGUUAACAGUGGAUGAUGAUGCUGCUGCUGGUGCUGCCCGUACUGCUGCCGUACCAACAUCGGUUCAUCUACUCUCGCGCAAACGUCGUUAUUUGAUCUUUCCGGAGGGCAGCUCAUUUCAAUUGGUUUAUGACGGUAUCUAUGGCAUCGUGGAUUACACCAACUAUCUUAUUCUCGGCAUUACCGUUGCCUUGGCUUGGGAGUUGCCGAGUAAGCCGCAAGGUGAAGUCAUCGAAGAAAUUGCAACUCGAUUGAGAGAUCCCACAAACGACUUAAGACGCAACGACACAGCAUCACAGAUUACUUAUCUGAACACGAAAAAGAAAUCAAACCCUAUCAAUGGCAAACAGACGACACAACAACCGGUAAAGAGUUUAAGACCAAACUACAUCAAUCUCAUGACAUACACAAAUCCUGCCAUACGCAAAAGUGACUAUAAAUCAUACUAUACAAAUGUGGCAGGACGACUACCAGCUGCUUUCCAUGCGCCAAUGCAUCAGAAAUAUUAUUUUAAUCCUAAAGGAAGUAAUAUAUAUGAUUACAACAAAUAUGUAAAAUAUCAUAUAUUACAACAACAACAACGGCCUAACGACAGUUACUAUCGUAAGCAGCGCUUGCCGUCGCAUGCUGUCGGUGGCAACUAUAAGGAAAGACCGAAUGAUUGGCGACGUAAAGACAACAACUAUUAUGUGCAGAGCGUAAAGAAGACAAACUACAACAACAAGUUGAGCACUCUUAAAGUGAAUCCUUUCAACAAGUGGAGGCCGCAACAACGAAAGUCUGGAAUAUACAGUUACAUGCCUCAAACACAAGCCGGCAGCGGUCAGUAUCCUUGGUGGAAUUUGGCAUCGCGAAUAUCGAAUUCAUUGCGUAGAAAACCAAUUCCCUCAAGACGUAUUGACACUGUCAGUAGUGGAAAAAGUCAGCUACUGCAACAGCAGCAGCAGCAGCAACAACAGCAGCCAAAAGAAAAACAUCCAACUAAGCAACAACAAGCCGCAUCCGGAUUUUAUCAGCAUUCAACUGGCACAGCACGGAAACAUCGAAUUUAUCCGGUUUUCGGUAAGCGCAGCAUAGCAGAUGAGCCUGGCAUGGCACCGGACCUGGCAACAGCUGCAGCAGCAUCCACUGCGUCGGCAUAUAUCAAGGCUAGCAACAAUAACAACCAUGCAAAGACGAAGCAGCAAGAAUCAACAACGCAUCAUCGUCGUUAUCGUCGUCGUCGUCGCAGCGGCAUCAUUGGCACCAAGUUAAGUCACAUGGAACGCAUUCAUGUACGUCAUCAUCGGAGUACAAGGCAAACGCUCUACGGGAAGAUUGAAAAGUAUCUAGACAAACUUGGUAUUAAAAACAGUCAUCAUUGCUUACUACGCGCUCUCUGCGAGACAGGGCAAAAAUCCAACGAAGUUCGUCCUGGCACUUUUGUGGGUGAAUUAAUGCGUGCGGUUUUCACAAUGCCUGAACCAUUGGAUGACGAUCUACUAGAAAACCGUGUACAUUACAAAGAUCAACGCUUUGAUCUGGCUAAUGCUUUCAAAGGCGCCUGCGCCCAAGAAUACGGACUUUGUCGAGAAUCAUUAUGGAAAUCACAAUUUGUUCAAUAAAGGA